AUGCAGGGAAGGAAGGACUAUUAUCCUCAGUUCCUCUCCUGCUUCUGCAUUGGUUGUGAAUUCAUAGCUUCUCCAUAAAUAGUGACUGCAGACUGCCUAUUCCUUCUUGCAAGGCAUUUGAGUAGUUAUAAAUGAAAACGUUGAUCUGAUUGCUUCCGUGUUGAGUUGGUGGUUUCCUGUUUGUCAGUUUCAGCAUCAACAGUUUCCCUGUUUAUUCUUUAUGCUUCCUUUAUUCUGUGGUUUACAACAGUUGAAUAAAAUGGUGAAGAUAUGUUGCCUUGGUGCUGGCUAUGUAGGGGGGCCGACCAUGGCUGUGAUUGCUAGCAAAUGUCCAAAAAUUGAAGUUGUUGUUGUUGACAUAUCUGUUUCACGUAUUGCUGCCUGGAAUAGUGAUCAACUUCCUAUCUAUGAACCAGGCCUUGAAGAUGUUGUCAAAAGUUGCAGGGGAAAGAAUCUCUUCUUCAGCACUAACAUAGAGAAACAUAUCUCUGAUUCAGAUAUUAUAUUUGUUUCAGUAAAUACACCCACAAAAACCAGAGGUCUUGGAGCUGGAAAAGCAGCUGACCUCACUUACUGGGAAAGUGCUGCUCGCAUGAUAGCUGAUGUCUCAAAGACUGAUAAGAUUGUUGUUGAGAAAUCCACAGUUCCUGUUAAAACAGCAGAAGCAAUUGAGAAGAUCUUGACAUAUAACAGAAAAGGCAUCAAAUUUCACAUCCUUUCCAACCCUGAGUUUUUGGCUGAAGGUACUGCAGUUCAGGAUCUUCUUAAACCUGAUAGGGUGCUGAUUGGAGGUCGGGAGACUCUGGAAGGCAGAAGGGCUGUACAGACUCUUAAAGAAGUUUAUGCUCAUUGGGUGCCUGAAGAUCAGAUCAUCACGACCAAUUUAUGGUCUGCCGAGCUGUCUAAGUUGGCCGCCAAUGCCUUCCUGGCUCAACGCAUCUCCUCUAUGAAUGCAAUAUCUGCUCUUUGUGAAGCAACUGGAGCCAAUAUCUUAGAAGUUGCGCAUGCUGUUGGUAAAGAUUCAAGAAUUGGUCCAAAGUUCUUAAAUUCAAGUGUUGGUUUUGGUGGAUCCUGCUUCCAGAAGGACAUUUUGAACCUGAUUUACAUUUGUGAAUGCAAUGGGUUGUUUGAGGUUGCAAAUUACUGGAAGCAGGUGAUAAAGAUCAAUGAUUACCAGAAAUCUCGGUUUGUGAACCGAGUAGUAUCAUCCAUGUUUAACACUGUUUGUGGGAAGAAGAUUGCAGUGUUGGGUUUUGCUUUCAAGAAAGACACAGGGGAUACUCAAGAGACACCUGCAAUCGAUGUUUGCAAUGGCCUUCUGAGGGAUAAGGCAAACAUCAGCAUCUAUGAUCCUCAGGUGACCGAAGAUCAAAUUAGAAGGGAACUUUCCAUGAUCAAGUCUGAUUGGGGUUACCAAGGCAGUUUGCAGCCGAAAAGCCCAACUUCUGUUAAGCAGGUGAAUGUGGUAUGGGAUGCUUAUGAAGCCACCAAGAGUGCUCAUGGAAUUUGCAUUGUCACGGAGUGGGAUGAAUUCAAGAAGUUGGAUUUUGAGAGGAUCUAUACAGACAUGCAGAAGCCAGCUUUUGUGUUUGAUGGGAGGAAUAUUCUUGAUCUUGAAAAACUGAGGAAAAUUGGUUUUAUAGUUUACUCCAUUGGCAAGCCUCUGGAUCCAUGGGUCAAGAAUAUGCCAACAAUGGUAUAGAGAGAAGAAAGAAGGUUACCGUGUCAUAGGAUACUUAUUCCAAAUCAGCUUAUUCAUGGUCUCUGUGAUUUGAUUUUUGGCUUCUCCUUGAAAAAGUUCCUUUACAUAUAAUUUUUUACUUCUGGACGGACCCAUUGCUUAACAUUUGAACUAAAAAUUGAUUUCUAAUAAUUGGCAAAUUUGUCUA